UCCCUGCUCGUUUUUAAGUUUCGCUGUGUCAUGUUAUAUGAUGGCUGAGGGAAUCAACAGUUUUGCGUACAAAUACUGCUUGUCUUCUCUUGCCGCCACUGUUGCAGAGACAGGUAUAAAUAGUGUUGGUUGUCAUAUCUUUAAGAGACAAGUUAGAAUACUUACGUGGCACAUAUCACAUGAUAUUAUCUGAUCGUGGCCGUGUUUCUGCAGGGGAGACACUCUUCGAGCCACAAGAGUGUUUUCAACAAAAGACUUCAAUUUUAUAUUUAAGCUUUAUUUACUCCAAUUCUAAACCUCGGCUAGCUGUGAAAUUACGUUUUUUAAAUAAAUCAUAUAUAUAGAUAUUUACAUGGAAAUUUUAAAGAUUAUUUUUUCAAGUGUAAUCCUGAAUUGUUGAACGAGAACCUAGAAUUGAAUUAAAACCGACCUUUGAUCUUCACGUUUGGUAUAAAUCUAAUUCUAUACUUUGUUGACUAACAAUGCUUUCUUUCAACAUCAAGUUAGUUUAUAGUUAGUCGUAUCAGUAAAAGUUAAUCGUUCAUGAAUCUAAUCAUAUUGCUUUUCAAGAAUUGAAAUAAUAUUUUGUGGUUAUGGGGACAAACAAGUUAAAUGUUUAAUGUUUCUUAAAAAAAAAGGUUGAAAAUAUAAAUUUAUAAUGUGUUAAGUUUUCUUCCUUUGUUCUUUUAAAGAGAGUCACUCAAAGAAACGAAACAAUACAAGUCAUUUUAGGUUUAUUUUCAUGUCAAGUUAACAGCUGCGAGCCAUAACUCAAUUAAUAGUUUGCUAGAAAAGAAGAAGAAUAGAACAUUUUCACGUGAUGAGACGUUCUUUAUAUGAACCUUAUUUUUCACUACUGUUUAUUUGGAAAGACUUUAAAUUAAGAACUUUAUAUCAACAAUUCACAUGAUUAUGAUUUGCAAGUGACAAGGUCCCUCUGAGGUUUAAUAUAGAAUAUUGUUCCUUGGACUCAAAACUUGUCAGAGAAUACAAGCUGUUUUUCUUUUUAUUUUGGGUAACAGUGCUAUAUUUUCACUUAAUGCAAGAAUGCUGUAUUAUAAAGUAGGUGGGGUCCCACUACGUUGCUUACAGCUCUCUUGCAUUGAGCUUUUAAUCUGAGUUUUUAAUUACAUCACCAACCAGCUGUGCACAGGGUUGGUAGUCUUAAAAAUUUAAGUGUGUCCAUAUUUGGCAUGCUUUCUAAAACCUUAAUCCUAUUUCACAACAAAAUUUGUGGAUUCCCCCACCCUGUUUCAGACUAGACCAUUGGAGCAUGUUCAGGUACAUAUAAUUUCCCAGAUAGUCUGGAUCAGAAAAACCUGUGUAAACAUUAAUUUUGAGAAGGAAUUCACUUUGCACUCAAAGUGCUCUUCUUAAGAGAAUAGUAAAAGUAAAGAAGAAUAUGAGCCUUCCCAAAUCACACUCUUUUUCAGAUUGUAACAGUUAAAAGCUUUAACACCAUACCCUUUGAUGCUGCAAAUAACUGCAUAGCUGAAAAAAGGGAGUGCUCUUCCGUUCCCGCACCGUUCCGUGGUCUCCUAUACAGACAUUCUUGGGGCUUUGUCAUGCAUUCCUCGUCUGUGUAGCAGACUUAUCCUAGCUCGGUCUGGUGAACCCUUUAAACCACAUGCUAGACCAAUAAAUGAUUGCUUUUGUCAUUAAAUCCCUUCAUCUUUAAGAAAAUACAAACAAAUUUCUCAUGAUAAUAAAACAAAUGUAAGUAACCUCCCAAGAUAUGAGGAUACCAUUUUUGCCUACAGAAAGGGAAAUGUUACAGUUGUUAGAUAGUAAGACUGGUGGUUGCAUUUUGCUCAUUUACAGACUACUUUGCUGAAAUUUUGACAUUAUUUUUGAAUUUUAUUUUUUAUAAGUGACCUUUCCUCUCGAUAUCACCAAGACCCGUCUUCAGAUUCAAGGAGAAAGGGCAUCGACUGUUUCUUCCACAACAGCAACAAAUGUUCCUUACCGGGGUAUGGUAAGGACAGCAGUGGGUAUAGGUGAGUAUACUGAAGCUGCGGCCAGAAGUAGAAACAAUAUUUUUAAAAAUUACACCAGAAAAAAGUGGUAUGGAUAUAUUUCAGUCAUAUACUUUAAAUGUAAAUAUAACAUAGUGUGUAAAAAAAGCAGAUUGGAUGAAUAUUGCUUAAUGGAACAGUAUUAAUUAAAAGUGUGAUCUUUGUUGUUUUGUGGACAGUUGAGGAGGAAGGAUUGGUUAAUCUCUGGAGUGGUGUUACACCUGCAAUAUUAAGACAUGUUGGUAAGUUUAUCUCACCAAACACUACGACGUUAUUUUUUUCAUGUCCUGCAUCAGCUCACUGUAAAUAUAAGAAUUAAACCUUCCAUCAACAAGUUCUCUGGGCAGAUCUCCAUACAUUUUCUUGAAAUAUUUGUUGAGAGAAUCUGUUGAAAAGAUCAAGCACUUUGGUGAUCUUUUUAUAAUUUAUUCUUGGAACCUUCCAGCCUGGAAUUGACAGAUUUAUACCUUCUGUUGUGUGGGUUUCAAACAACGAAUAAAUAUUAAGAAAAUUGAUGUUAGUGUUAGACUACACGCCUAAAUCAACCACAAAUUACUCCAAACUUCUAACUCUUUUAAUACGUGUCGGUGGCGUUUUCCGCCAUCUUGCGAUUACAUCAUCUUGGCUAGAGCCAGUCCUUUUCGAUAUUAUUCUAACUAGUUCCAGUUCUCUACAUUCUCCCCCUCUGGAAAAAGAUGUUGUCCUCAACAUGAACGGAUAGACCAUAGUCUCUUGUGGGUUAUCUCGUGUAACAGUUCCUCGUAUUCUUGUAUCUCAUUAUUGGGUCAACAAAGUUAUCCUGGUUGAUCAGGCCAGAAUGUUCGCUUAAGUUGCCCAAAUGUUACUGUGUUAUCUUUACUGCACUGUACUGUUCGAUAACGCGCCUAUAUCGAUUGUUUGCCCGUACAAAGAACAUGUAGAGAUCGAGAAAAAAAAAAAAUCCUAAUAAAACAAGGUUGUACCUCUAAAAACGAACGACAUGUGAGUUAUACUAUACUAAACAUUUAUCCGUCUUAUCUAAACGAACGUAAUUUCAAUUGGUCCAAAUCAGUUCCUUUCUCUUCAAGUUAAUGCCACCAGGCUUGCUGGUAACGCCACGCAGGCACAGGAUACAUCGGCUGAACGUGUACUGGGAAAGGUACAAAAUAACUGAAGGGCUGAAAGACAGGUUGUUGCACCAUCCAUGAUACCGGGACAGGCUGCCAUAACUGGUGUGGAUAUGAUGCUGUGAUGCCGCGAAUUCCUGUUGUGGAACUGGGUUGAAAGGAGGGUUGUCCCAUUGCAUCAUAGGUCAUCCUGAGGGGUGGUCUGCUUACGCGCUGUGACUGUCUUAGAGGUACACCAUCUACAGCUUCAUCAUCGAACGCACCACUUGGUUGCUCUGUGUCUUCAGCCUCUCCCUCUGAGCCUGGACCAUCAACUUGACAAGGGUAAGUGUCGUGUUCAUCUAACUCUGGAACAAUUUGGCAAUUGUCUUCAGUAUGAUUCCUCGUAGACUCGUAAAAUUCUUGAAGUUGACCAGGUGUUAACCCAGGGAUGUUCUCAUCAGUGGUUCUGGUUGUGUUCUCUUGUAGCUCCUGCUGUCUUCGGGUUGUCCUGGGCAUCGUGCGACGACUCUUGGAUGGCUUAGGUGGUAUCUCAACAGGUAGAAAGGAACAUGGUAGCAGCAGGUUGCGAUGCAGAACUCUUGUCCUUCCAUUACCAGUCUCUGGUUUUACCUCGUAAACUGGCAUAUCCUCCCUCUUUUGAGUAACAACGUGGAUUUCUUGCUCCCAAUAAGAGCGUAACUUUCCUGGGCCACCACGCUCCGUCAUGUUUCGCACAAGAACACGGUCUCCUUCACGUAGCGUGGUAUGUCUAACUUUCUUGUCAUACUGUUGUUUCCCCAUGUCUGCACUUUUCUUUGCAUGAGCGGAGGCUAGUUCGUAAGCUUCUUUCAUGGCUCUUCGCCAAUUUUUAACAUACUCAGGGUAUGUAGAAUAUCCCUCUGGAGGUUUCAAGCCAAACAUUAGGUCGAUGGGUAGCCUUGGCGUCCUACCGAAUAGUAGAUAGAAAGGUGAGAAUCCAGUAGAGUCGUGGCGAGUGCAAUUGUAUGCAUGGACUACUUUAUUGAGAUGGUCACGCCAACGGGAUUUCUGUUUCUCUGGCAGGGCUCUCAGCAUUGAUAGAAGUGUUCGGUUGAACCUUUCAACCUGCCCAUUCCCUUGUGGAUGGUAGGGGGUUGUCCGCGAAUGUUUGAUCCCACUCAGUUUCUCAAGGUUGUAGAAGAGUUUGUUUUCGAACUCUCCGCCCUGGUCAUGAUGAAUGGUUCCUGGAAACCCAAAUCUCAUGAUAAAGUCAUUAUACAGUUUGUUGGCAGCGGUCUUCGCAGACUUAUCCCGGGUGGCGUAUGCUUGGGCAAAUCUGGUGUAGUGAUCCAUGAUUACCAAUAUGUACUGGUAUCCACCCGAGCUUGGUUCGAGAUGAACAUAGUCCAUGGAGACGAGUUGGAAAGGUGCUGUGGAGAGGAUAGGCUGAAGUGGUGCGUGGACAUGAGUUGCGGGUUUACGUUGCUUCAGGCAACGACACACUUUUGUGACAUAAUGGGUGAUGUCUGCUCUCAUAAACGGCCAAUAGAAGCGUUCUCUAGCUAGUUCCACUACUCUGUCGGCACCCAAGUGCCCCAUGUUUUCGUGUAGCUCUUCAUACACCCUUUUGUGGUAUUUCUUGGGUAAAACCAUUUUGUCUCCACACCCAGUUUUCCGAUAAAGGAUUCCAUCUUCAGCAAUAAACAGUUUAUUCCAUUCGUGUAAGAGUUGUCGGGCAAUAGCUGUCUCUUGCUGCCUUUCCUGAUAGGUGGGACGCCUUCCAAUUUGAAUAAACUGUAAAACACGAGCAAUUGAUGGAUCUUCUUGCUGAGCUGCGACAAGUUCAUCACGUGGCAGAGUUGGAAUGUCUACACGCUCUUCCUUUAACAUGUCGUGUACUGCGGUGAGAGAUGACAACCAGGCGGUCUGGGGGGUGUUAGUUACAUGGACUGAAGAUGUGACAGCAUCCAGAACAUCCUGAUUAACUACUUCCGAACAACUUUUCAUAUAGCCCUCAAAACUGAUUGGCAUACGAGACAAGGUGUCAGCAUCUGCGUUGGCUUUUCCUGGUCGAUACCUGAUCUCAAAAUGGAAGUCGGCUAAUUCAUUAAUCCACCGUAAACCAGUGGCGUUCAGUUUCGCUGAUGUUAGGAUGUAUGUCAAGGGGUUGUUAUCAGUGAAAACAGUAAACUUUGGCGAGUAGUAAAGGUAGUCACGGAAGUGUUCAGUCACUGCCCAUUUUAGAGCAAGAAACUCAAGUUUUCCUGCGUGAAGGUGGUACUUUUUCUCAGCUGGUGACAGCGCUCGUGAAGCAUAAGCAAUAACUCGCAUGACCCCAUCCUGGUUUUGGUACAACACUGCCCCGAGACCGUCUUUACUUGCGUCGGUGUGGAGAGUAAAUGCUUUUGAGAAAUCUGGAUAAGCCAUAAUGGGUGGAUUACUGAGGUGUCCCACUAACUUCUCGAGGGCUAGUUGCUGUUCUCUUCCCCAAACGAUUGGCGUCUUUGAGGGCUGUUGUCCAUCCUGUCCUGUGCUGGUAAGCAAGUCAUAGAUCGGUUUCGCAAUUUUAGCAAAGUUUUUAAUGUACCUUCGGUAGUAACUUAGUAUUCCUGCAAGCUGUCUUACUUCACCAACAGUUUUGGGUGUUACUUCCUUUAACUUCUCGAUAGCUUGUACACACCCUGGAUCCAUCUGGUAACCAUCACCUGACACAACUCUUCCUAAAAACUUGACCUCGCGUUUGAACAAACUACACUUGCGCGGCUUCAACUUGACUCCAUGUGCUCGUAACUUUCGCAAUACUGUUCUCAGAUGCUCGAUGUGUUCUGCAAAUGUCCUACUAAAUACUAUGAUGUCAUCGAGGUACGGUAUAGCCACUUUGUCCCUUAGUUCACCCAAACAACGUUCCAUAAACCGUUGGAAAUUCGCAGGUGCGUUCAUCAAUCCAAAUGGGAUCCUUACCCAUUCAUAUAGCCCCCACGGUGUAAUGAAUGCUGUCGCUGCUCUACUGUCCCUGUUUACGAACCCCUGAUGAUACGCCUUACCCUGGUCAAGUACACUGAACCACUUAUUUCCGCCAAGACUAUCCAAGGUCUCUUGGACUCUAGGAAUGGGAUGUCUGUCAGCAAUAGUCUUGCGAUUUAGUUCUCGAUAGUCAAUGCAUAGCCUUAGAGACCCAUCCUUCUUGCGAACACAGACAACUGGAGAGGAGUAUGGGGACUUGGAUUCAGUGAUGAAAUUCUGGUUCAGAAGGUCUUCAAUGUACUGUUUCACCUCCGGAUACAGUGGUCGAGGAAUUGACGUGUACUUCUUUUGCACUGGCUGGUUAUUAUGCAGAUUAAUCUCCAUUUCCAGAUCAGGGAUGCAGCCAAUAUCUUCUUCAUUGGAUGAGAAUGACUCGUACUCUUCCCUCAGCAUCAUUUCAGCUGCAGUCCGCUGGUCAUGAUCCAAAUCACCGAGAUCAACUGCCGGAAGUGGGUUUUCAUUUUCUUUGUUUUGCUGCUCAGCAGGGGUGGUGGGUCCCUGAGGUUUAGGUUUCUCAAAAUAUUGCUGGUCAUUCUGGGUUCUACAUUCACUCAGUCUAACAUCUGCUGUUGUCACUGAUUUGACUGCCUGAAGGACUCCUAACGGGGUGCGACUCUUAAGCAGAAUAUCAUGGUCUGUCCCAUUGUGUACAGCAAUCUGUACCUUAGAUGACUUUCCUGGUUUGACAUUUAACAAAGUUCCAUUAACUUCUAAACCCUCUGGUAACUGUGCCAAUUCAUUUGGCUCAAACAGUACUGGUGUUAGCUUGUUUACUGGUCCUGUAGUUGCACGGCAGCCAACAGUUAUCAUGCUAUCCCUUGGUAUCACCACAUCUCUCCUUCCCGUCCUCACUUUACAAAUGGCAUCUGAACUUGAACUCUGAAUGAAAUUUACCAAGGCAUCUACUUUUGUCUUAUCUGUUCCAGGGAAACUCUUGUAAAUUGUUGGGUUUGGAUUCUGGUCCUGACUUACUAACUCUUCAAUGACAUUGUAUCCCAAAAUGGGACAGUCCAACUUUUCUGAUGUCACUAGAAAAGGCACUAACAGUUCCUCUUGAUUGCUAUCACUACCAGGAGGAGUUAGCAUAACUCUGGCUUCCACCCACCCAAUGUAGGGUAUUUGAGACCCAUUCACUGCUGUUAGGCUAAGGCUUGUCUCCAAGAGUUCUGACAACUGUCUAAUGGCUACUUGUCCUAAGCAUCUUUGGACAGAGUCGACUGAUAUUAUUGAAACCUGGGCACCAGUGUCCCAUAACAUUUCACAUUCAUAGUCAUUGAGCAAGCACUUCACCAUACACUUCUUGCCAACAAGGCCAAUAACUUUAGCAUGCUCACUUGGAGUUAAAUGACUGACACAGGCUGGGUCUACAAACUCUUUUGACUUACUUGUACUCGCCUCAGAAAGAUGACUUAUUGCUUGGCACAACACCUUGUGUUCAGCCCAGUGUCCCUUUUGACAUCGCGUGGUGCAAUACCAUACACUCUGACACUGACUACAUCUUUUAAGUUGUCCAUGCUCUACUCCGGUUUUACAACAGUGGCUACAUUGGUGAGACUUUGGUGGGUUUACGACUGCUUCCUGUCUCGCGGGAGCAGUCGAUUCCUGUUUAACUGCUUCCUGCAUCCCCUUGCCAGAUGAGAUUCGCUCCCACACUUAAAACAGUGAUUGCAAUAUUCCUUUCUGUUCUCGAGGCAGCUUGAACACAAAGGUGGUCUUCUUCUCUCUGGCCACUUGCCUGGAGGUACACUUUGAUUGCUGUUCUUCCUGACCUCGCUUUUCAAUGCCUCGACUUCUGACUUGAUUGCACUUAUAGCUGUUAGAAGAUCAUUCUGAGGGCUGUUCUUCUUGCCUCCUUCCUUUUCUUUAGGUGGGCCAUCAGAUACCGCAGACACUGAUAAUGGUGGUUGUUUGGUCUUGGUAUUAUUCUUAAGCUUCUUGUCCCUUUCCUUUUCUGCUGACGUAGCCAUGCUCAUCUGUUGCAUCAACACUUCAUCUGUCACAUUUGAGUCCUUCAGGAAUGGGCGAAUCUUAGCACGAAUACUUUCAUCCUGUAAACCAGUUUCUACUGACCGAAGAAACAGACGUUGUAUGUGUCCAGAGUCAUACUGUAGGGAUAUUUCACCUUCUUCUUCACCACAUGCAAACAGGAUUUGUUGCCUCAGAUCAAGAGCAUUCAUCAAAAAUGCCUGGGGUGACUCCUUUGGGCUCUGACAUAGGGAUGCCAGUGUUUGAUAGAGUUCUGAUGUAUUCUUUGCACCAUAGUGGCUACGGAGAAUUUUCUUUAACCGAUCCAAUGUCAAAUCUUCGUAAGUUUCGAGGUAACUCCUAAGUACCAUGCCAGGUGUAAUUGAGCGAAUAACACCAUCAACAAUUUCACUCUCGCCAUAACCUUGGGCCAACCCCAUUUGAAUUUGACGCAUAAGGGAAGAAAAACUAAUUUUGUCUUUCUGCUCGGGUUCCCCGAUUUGACCACUGAUCUUAAACUGUCUACGUAACGCGCUAGUCGCUAGUAGUUUUUGAACAGGAUCUUCCUUCGCUACGGGAGGAGGUUUUGAAUCACUUAGAACUGGCUUACCAUCUUCUUCAUCGUUCUUGAUGCCAUGGGGUUUCUCUGUCAGCAUUUCUUUUACGUCCUUGAGGUACGGCACGACUUCGGCUUCCUUCAGUUUUUCAAUUUCAUCAUCGAGCCGUAGAGCAACACGUUUCGCCACAAACAAUUUUGUUUUUCCCUCAUAUUCAACUUUGAAGAACUUGGCCAUUCGCUCGAGUGAGCUCCAGUCCGCGGCAUAGAUGCUAGACUGUAAUUCCAAUUGAAGAUCUUCUGCCAUCAUCGGCAAGGCCUCAGUUCCGAUGUUUCCGAUUGACAAUGGCGGGCAGUGGAAGCACGUGGUCAAAGCGAUGAGAGACACAAAUAUGCUCAAAAACAUACCAAAAUCGAUCGCCAGAAACGUUCCAUCCAGUGUUUCAUCUUCGUCGGGUUACAAGUCCUGGCAGGGUCGCCAAUUUUGUUAGACUACACGCCUAAAUCAACCACAAAUUACUCCAAACUUCUAACUCUUUUAAUACGUGUCGGUGGCGUUUUCCGCCAUCUUGCGAUUACAUCAUCUUGGCUAGAGCCAGUCCUUUUCGAUAUUAUUCUAACUAGUUCCAGUUCUCUACAUUAGUCACCCUUAGGACUUGGAGGGUCAAUGGCCCUGGGGGGCGGGGGGGAGGGGGUACUUCCUUAUAAGAGGCUAAUGGGAAUGUGCCGCUCGAUGGGGUUGCAUUUUGAGGACUGGGUUGACUAUAAUGGGGUCGCCUUUUCAAUAGCGUUACUAGAAUGGGGUCGCACAUUUUCCGAUUUUUUGGGGUAAGACAGUUCUUUCUAUUUACUGUUAGCAAAUGCACUAGAAUGUUUGUACUGUAGGUUAAAAAAUUAUAAAGUGUUUUUCAUUCCAUUUAAAAAAUGGGUCAAUUCAUAAAAAUAGGAAGUGGUUAAGUUGGGAUCGUAAAAAUUACAUAUUUGCGCAAAAGUGACUAAGAUGGGUUCUAUAAUUGGCCACAAAAUAGACUAUAAUGGGGUAGUCAUGUUGCUGAGAGCCCAGCAGCACAUACCCUGCAAAAAUUAACCCAAGUACUCCCCCGGGGUUAAUGGAUCUGAUCAAGAAGGACUUCACUGAAAUGGUGAAAUAAUAAUUAUCAGAGUAUACUCAUAAUAAGUACAAUUAUUGUCUACUGACUUAACUUCAACACAACCAUAACUUUCGUACCUUGAAUGCAGACUGUAAUAUGACUACUGUUUUACUCAAAUAAACUCUGCUUCUAUUGAGCACCACCCAAGAAUGAGCACUGAAUUUGGAACAAAAAAGGUACUUAUAAUAAGUUCCAACCCUUGAAUAAGUGGUAUUCAUGCGUUGAUCGUAAUUCGUCCCUUAGUUUACACGGGUUCAAGAAUGACUGCAUAUGAAUUUUUGCGGAACAAAGUUUUACGAAGAAAUGCUGAUGGGAGAUUUUCUCUAUGGUAUGUAAUUAUAGUCAAGUGACAGGUUAUGCAGAGCUUACUGGUUUUUUGGCUUGGUUUCUAUGGACUAAUUUAUUCCUAGAGUGGUUUUUUUUGUAAAAAGUGGGUAGGAAGAAUAGAUUUCCUGCAUCCAAAUAUGCCAGUAAUUGUUUUCUCUGUUGUACUGACUCACUGCCCCAUGUGCAAAACUAGUUCAGUGCAAAAAGCAGCAUAAUGUCAUGAUGGGGGUUCAAAACCAGCUACUUUGGAUUCCUUGGUGUUAUUAACUUUGUUGCCCUGUGAUACCACGGCAGGAUUAGCUCAGUCGGUAGAGUGCUUGACUGCAGAGCAGGAGGUCGCGGGUUCGAUUCUCGGGGUCGGACCAUUACUCAGGGUCUCAAAAUAACUGAGAAAUGAAGGUAGUACCUUUGCCCUGCAAAUGGCUAGACCUUCGCAUCCGCUUGGAUGACCAUGUAAAAUGGUGCUCCCAUCUCCAGUUGGAGAUGCACUUUUGUUCUAAAUACAUUGACACUCAAAUAAAGUGCAUAUAUAUAUAUACCUUUAAUUAUGAGAGAGUGUAAACAUGAAGUAAAAAUUUUGAUGCUUAAUAGGUGUUCCUUUGUUAAGUUUGAGGAGCUCCUCUAGCUCUGGCUAAGCAGGAGCUCUUUUAUAACAGCUAGGAAAGGAUUUCUUAUUAUAAAUUUCUAUAGGAAGUCAGUAAUAGCAGGGAUGACGGCUGGUGCAUUUGGACAGUUUAUUGCCAGUCCAACUGAUCUAGUCAAGGUUCAGAUGCAGAUGGAAGGCAAGAGAGUUCUUAUAGAAGGGAGACAACCUAGGUAUGUAGCUCAUAGUACUUGCUAAGGUUGUCUUUCAAAGGGUACUAAAAAUUUAUAAUUUAUUAUACAAUCAAUCUUCUUAAUGAAUAUAGAUGUUACAGGGAUGAAGUCAAGUGUCCAUUGGGGCUGUCGGAAAGGGCCGGGAGGAGGAAAAUCCCUCCGCCACUAUGAGCAUGAACCUCAGCUCAGCCUCAUGGAAAACAAAAGGAAAUAUAGAACCAAGCUCAGCUGUUCAAAUACUUGCCAGGGCUCAAGAACUGUCUUCAAUGUACUGUUGUUUGUAUUAUGGAGGUGUCUGCAGUGAAGAGAAGUGCAACUAUAUUUCGCCACUCUAAAGGGGUAGAUCAAGGAAAAUGUAGCCUCCUCCGACGCCUCCUCCACAGGCAACUUCUAUUGUAACAGUUACACUGACCAUAAGAAGUGUUUGAAUGAGAAAACGAGAAAAGAAUUGGAGGAGGAGUCACAAUCACUCCCUAUUCUUCCACACAUUCACUAAAACAGGAAAGUGAUGCAUGCAGAGGAGGCUAUUAAGGAUGUUGGCUUUGGGGGAGAUCGGAUAAAUUUUGGGGGAAGAAGUCAGUAUCUGAAGUGGGGAGGGUACAAAGGUAGCUGGGGACCUCACCUGAGAUGUACCCCAAGUUUAAUGAGUUUAAGAGGAUUUGAUAAUCUGAAAUGUGUUGUACAUAGUAACAUCUGGAGGUGAUACUAAAAAUGUAAGGCUCACCUUGUAGUUGUGGAUAAUAGUCCUUUUAUUCUUAGACUGUAACUCGUGAUGUCAAGAUGUGCAAAUUUUAAUGCCAUAAAUGUUUAUUCCAUGUAAGCCUGAUUUAUUUUUCACAUUUCUAGAAACUAAUGUAACGUUUAUUCAAUACCUUCCUAGGGUUCAUAACACUAAACAUGCUUUUUUAAACAUCAUCAAUAAACAUGGAGUGCGAGGUCUUUGGAAAGGAUGGGCUCCCAAUGUACAAAGAGCAGCUCUAGUAAACAUGGGAGGUAAGACACCUUAGUUAUAAUCCUUGUAAUUACACAACUUUAUUCAUUCAUUUCUGUAGAAAAACUUUAAAAGGAAAACAAAGUCAAUUUGUGGUAGUGUUUCUCAGUGAUCCAAAUUUUGUGGUAGUUCAGCAUACAUCUGCCCUUCAGGCCUCAGUUGUUCAAACAUUGGGUAGCACUGUCCACCGGAUAAAUCACUAUCCAAUGGACAAGUUGGGGAAACCAAUACGCUAUCCACCGGAUAGAGAUUUUUCCGGUGGAUAGCAUAAUCCACUUUUUGAACAAAGGGGCCAGUUGUUGAGAUGUAUAUGUAGGAGAUAAUUAAGACACCUUGUCUGAUUGAUGACAUUUCUCUUUAACCCACUGAGGUACUUUCAGUUCCUUUCUUUCGCUAUUAAAUGUUUUUAAUACAAUUGUUUAAUUUUUUUAUCAACAGAUUUGACAACUUAUGAUACUGUAAAACAUUUACUUCUCAAUCACACAAGUUUACAAGACAAUUGGGUCACUCACACAAUUUCAAGGUCUGCAUGUUCUAAUAUUUUCCUGAAAAUUGCAUUUAAUCAGCUCUUUGAACUUUUAAAUUUAGUUUGUAUAUAUGGGCAUUGCUUCUAUGAGUUAACGCUAGCGAGGAAGAAUGUAAACAAUGACCUCAGCAAGAGUUGCCUAUUGUAGCUGAAAGGUUUUGGCCAUGAAUAUUGCAACUAAGACACAAAGUGAAUGGAUAAUAAAUCUGUGCUGGUUGAAAAAUUUAUUUUUCAGUGGUUGUGCAGGGCUGAUUGCUGCAACCAUCAGUACUCCAGCAGAUGUAGUAAAAACAAGAAUUAUGAAUAACCCAAAAGUGUACAGAGGAAGUCUUGACUGCUUCAUGUGUGCUGUAUGUAUUGUUGUGAUUCAAUUAAUAAUUAUUUUAUCACCUAGGCUCACUUUCUUUUCUGCUUGAGUCAACAAUAAUAAUUAACAAAAAUGUAAAUUUGUAAAACAGAGGGAAAUAUAAGAACAAAGUUAAACUGACAGCCGCUUACCAACUUCUUACUCCCUACAUACCUACGAGGUAAUCACCAACAUAAGAUACCUUCCCUCACCUACCUACUUUAUGCUCAGUACCCUACCAACCUGCCCUUCCUGCCCACCUCACCAACCUACCCAUCCUACUUACCUUCCUGCAUGCAUCCCAUCCACUUAACUACCCACUGAUUCCACUUCCCACCCCACCACCUACACUUCAUACCCCAUCUAAAGUACCAACCCAUGGAACUUACCUACCAACAUUAUUAAAUGACUGGACAUCUCAUCCCUGUUUUAGAGAACACUGAUGAUUUUCACCUUAACAAUCGCCAAAUUGCCACAUAUUUUUCUACCCACCCUCUUGGCUGACUUAAUAUAUACCUAUCUUCUGUACCCAUGCACACUACCUAAAUCUAGAGGGAAGUUAAUAAUUCAAUAAACCCACAGUCUUAGAAACUCUCAGACUGAUACAAUCUAUAUUUUUCAUACCUUAGGUUCGAGAGGAAGGGUUUUUAUCCUUGUACAAGGGAUGGCUUCCAACAUGGAGUAGAAUGGUAAGAAAUAAUUAAUGUCAAAAUGACAAAGCAAAAACGUUCCUACCAUGUCACAGGGGAACAGUAUCAAUGAAAGGAGUAAUGAAAAACGAUUAUCAGGCCCAAAAGGAAAAUAGCUAAGCACCAAGAUAGUACAUCUUAUUGAUUUUACUAAUACGUGAGAUCCCUGAUGUGCUCUGGUGGCUGUCAUAGAAAUGUAUUUGUGUCAUUACUAUUAGAAGUAAAAGGUUAUUACUAGUAGUUUUAAUUUGCAAAUCAAGCAAACCAUGACUGCUUUUUAUAGUCAGUUUUAUCUUACAAUAUUACUUUCACAACUUAGUCCUAGCACCCCAUGAAUACAAUUGGUAACCCUAUCUGACCACCAUUGCUUGAAUUUGCUAGACUUUCACCCAGUCAGCAAGGACUAUUAACACCUUAUUAUUUUGUUGUUGUUGUUUUUCAGGCUCCCUGGUCACUCACAUUCUGGCUUGUGUAUGAAAGAAUUCGAAACCUUACAGGAAUGGCAGGAUUUUAACUUGCAGAGUUGAUCUUUUAGGCAUUAUUGUUAAAAUCAUAAUAAUUAUCAUGUGACAGAUAUUGAAACUCUGAUGUGGAGAGAUAGCGGUGGGAUAGACAGAGGGGAACCAUGUACCUUAUAACCCACCUGUGCGUACGUUAAUUUUCCAAGUAGUUUAAUGUCAUUGUGUUGGGGAAGUAAGAGUCACAGUUUACAUAAAAAAAUGUAAGGGUCAUCAAACAUUCAAGUUGUAAGGUACUAUAAAAACCUUCAUGCCAGUUAUUGUACAGACUAUUUUAAGAUUUUCAUAUGAACAUAUUUAUUGAUGCAUGGCAUUAUCAAAUUUGAAAAAUAAUUUACAUGAAUUCAAAGAGAGAGAUC